AGUGUCACUGGAGACCCCUGCUGUGAUCUGGAGAGACCAUGUCCAGCCCCCCCGACUGCCCUCUGCGGCUGCUCCGAGGUGCCCCGAGGCAGCGCGUCUGCACCCUGUUCAUCAUCGGCUUCAAGUUCACAUUCUUUGUCUCCGUCGUGAUCUACUGGCACAUUGUGGGUGAGCCCAAGGGCCAAGGACAGCCCUACAGCCUGCCGGCCGACAUCCCCUGCCCCUCCUUGGCACCCCCCACGCCGCCUUCCAGUAGCCCCUCUCCUGGCAAUAUCUUCUUCCUGGAGACGUCAGACCGGACCAACCCCAACUUCCUGUUCAUGUGCUCGGUGGAGUCGGCGGCCAGGGCCCACCCCGAGUCCCGGGUGGUGGUCCUGAUGAAGGGGCUGGUGGGGGGCAACGCGUCCCUGCCUCGGCACCUGGGCAUCGCGCUUCUGAGCUGCUUCUCCAACGUGCAGAUGCUCCCGCUCGACCUGGAGGCACUGUUCCAAGGCACGCCCCUGGCCGCCUGGUACGCAGCCGUGCGCCGGCGGUGGGAGCCCUACCUGCUCCCCGUGCUCUCCGACGCCGCCCGGAUCGCGCUCAUGUGGAAGUUUGGUGGCAUCUACCUGGACACGGACUUCAUCGUCCUCAAGAGCCUGCGGAACCUGACCAACGCGCUGGGCACCCAGUCCCGCUACGUCCUCAACGGCGCCUUCCUGGCCUUCGAGCGGCAGCAUGAGUUCAUGGCGCUGUGCAUGCAGGACUUCGUGGCCCACUACAACGGCUGGGUCUGGGGCCACCAGGGCCCGCAGCUGCUCACGCGGGUCUUCAAGAAGUGGUGCUCCAUCCGCAGCCUGGGGGAGCGCCACGCCUGCCGCGGGGUCACCACCCUGCCCCGCGAGGCCUUCUACCCCAUCGCCUGGCAGAACUGGAAGAGGUACUUUGAGGAUGUCAACCCCGAGGAGCUGCCCCGGCUGCUUAACGCCACCUAUGCCGUCCACGUGUGGAACAAGAAGAGCCAGGGUACCCACUUCCAGGCCACGUCCCGGGCACUCCUGGCUCAGCUGCACGCCCUCUACUGCCCCACCACCCACGGAGCCAUGAAGAUGUACUUGUGAGGG